AUGUCAUCACCACCAAAACGUCUUCGUAAACAUUCUCAAAAUGAAUUUAUCUCAUUAAUGAUAUCAUCGAAACGUUUACCAUCAACAUCAUAUAAUCAUAUAACUGAAUUAAAUUUAUCAAAUUUACAAUUAAUAAAAAUUGAUACAUUUCCAUUUGAAUAUUUACCUAAACUUGUCUCACUUGAUUUAUCAUACAAUCAAUUAGUAUCAAUAAAUAUUGAUUGGUCAAAAACACGUGAAAAUUUUAUUGAACAAUUAAAUGUUAGUCAUAAUAAAUUAGAAACAUUAUUAUUUCUAAAAGAUUUUAAACAUUUAAAACAAUUAAAUGUCACAGAAAAUUUUCUUCGUAAUACAGAAAGAUUUUUAUCGUUACAUCUAUGUUCAACUAUUGAACAUCUUAUAGAUUCCAAUCAUGAUCAAAUUGAUGAUGAUCAAAUUAAAUUAGAUCAAUGGUUACAAAUCAUAGAAACAAAAAUUGAUCGUUUAUGGGCAUUAUCCUAUUAUGAUAAAUAUAAACAGGAAAUAGGUAAUGAAAAAAAUCAUCAAAUGGUUAAACAAAUACUUGAUGAUUUUCAUCAUGCAAUGAUAAAAAUUUUUGAAAAACAAACUCAUUUUUCACAAAUGCAUUUAUCACCAUUAGCAAAUUAUUUAAUAACAAAUAAAAUCAGUGAACUUUGUUUAUCAUUACCAAAAAUUCAAACAAAAAAAAGUUUAAAAACACAUUUAACAGAAGAUUUUAAUGAUUUAAUGGAUGUUAAAACAAAUUUUGAACCAAUCAAAUUUCUUCGUUGUCAUCAAACAAAUGAAAGUGAUUUAACAACAAUAUCUGUACGAAUGAGUUUAUUUGAACCAAAUACAUCGCAAAAUAUUCUUGCAACAUGUGGUGGACAAAAAGUUUGCUUUAUUGAUUGUGAUACAUGUGAAGUAUCACAUCUUUAUGAAGUAUCAUCAUUACGUUCAACAACGACAACACGAAAAAUAAAAGAUAAAAAUUCGACAAUAAAUUCAGAAUAUUUUUCAUGUUUAUGCUGGAUAGAAAUUACGGAAGGAAAUGAAACAUUGAAAGUAUUAGCAGUUGGAGCUACCAAUGGACAUAUUUAUCUCUUAUCACAUAAAUGGAAGAUUAUGUUUGCACAUAUUGAAUUACCUUCCUCAUCAAUUAGUUGUUUAAUUUGGGAUGCAAGUCAACCAACAACAUUAGUUACUGGCUCGUAUAAUACUGUUCGUUUUCUUAAUAUUAAAUCAUAUCUUGAUCGUUUUCGAUCAUUUGUUCGUAAACAAAAUAAACCAGCAACACAAUUUGAUUAUGUUGAAUCAACUUUAUGUGAAAAUAAAAUUUCAUCAACACAUGUUUAUCAUUUCGAUAAUGGUGAUGAUACAGUUAUUAAUAUUACUGAUUUACUUUUUUAUCCAAUGUCAAAGGAUACUAAUAUUCUCUUAGUUGGUACAACUUCAGGUCUUUUUAUUAUACAUGAUCAAACACCUAAAAAAUUAACAUUUCCUAAAUCUAUGUGGACAAUUGGAGAAUAUAUUGAAUCAAUUCGUUUAAUCAAUAUUCAAACUCGUUUAAUUGCAAUCAAUAUACUUGGUCUCGAUCAAAUUUUUUGUUUUGAUCUUGAACAAUCACUUCCUCCAAGUCCACAAUUACAUAUAAUUCUUACUCUUUCAAAUCCUUAUCGUCAGAUAGCUACUAAAAUGGAUGUCUAUGUAACAACGAAUGAAAAUGAUAAUAAUAAUGGAUCAUUUGAAUGUAUUAUUGGUAGUGAUCAUGGUUCAUUUUUUUAUCAUCAAAUUCGUAUGAAUGCAAUAAAUAAUAAGAAAACGAAAAAAGCAACAUUUGAUAAUAAACGUUAUGAAAUAACAUGGCCACAAGUUAAAACUUCUACAACAACAAUAAUAACACCUAGUCUUCUUUCAGCUAAUCUCAAUGAAAAUUAUCUUUGUUUAACAACAAGUAAUAAUUUAAUAUGUAUAUAUAAACGAAAGUAA